AUGACAUCAUCAAACAAAUUCUUGCAUGUAAAAAAGGAAGACUCCUACUUGGCCAAGUUUACACAUGACACCAUCAUAUUCGCAGAAAAUUUAUUUAAAUUUAUUUCGAAGCCUUUCACCCAUGGAGGUUUGACCGCUCUAGAAGAGUAUCGUGAUGACAGCAAUGUGGAGACCAUCUCUUUCUGUUCAGAGGUGCUACCUUUUUACUGUAAAUCCGAGUUAAUUCAUCGGGGAGACGUUUUCAACGUCCGCUUUGGCCACUGCUGCAUUUUCUACAAGAACAGCAUAUACAUAUAUGGCGGCAACCAACUCCGCGAAUCCUUCAGCUCGAAGCUCAUUAAGUUCAGCACGGACACGCAAAUUUUCAGCCUCGUGGAAGAACGAACCCCGCCGCAGAGCCGGUACUACGCAACGCUGAAUUUAGUUUACUCCAGCACCCUGAGCGAAGAGUGCCUGUUCUUGUUUGGAGGCAAGCGGGGCAGGUACAUCACGAACGACACCUAUGUCUUCAAUCUGAGUAACAACAGCUGGGAACACAUAAAGGUGCAAUCUUCUCCCCCCCCGGUUUUUGGACAUGUGUCUUUUAAAUACAAGAAUAUCGUCUUCAUCCAUGGAGGGAACAUGGGGAACCUAAACGUGAACAAUGACAUCUGGUGCUACUUCGAAGAGGAAAAGAAGUGGGUCAAAAUUAUGAGCAAGGAUGAGUAUUACAAGAAGGUGGUUUCCAAACCCAGCGCCCGAUUUUUCCAUUCGUGUUCUGUGUGCAUAUCUAACCAGGGCAACGAAGUUAGAGCUUUCAUCUUCGGAGGGAUCGACGCCAGAAACAAAUGCGCUGAAGACACUUUCUGGUAUUACUCCUUAAGUAAUGGGAAGUGGACCCUAAUUGAAAAUUCCCUAGGGAAGAUUCCCGUGGGGCGAUUUGGACACAGCUCCACCAUCCUGAACGACAGGUGGUUCCUCCUCUGCGGGGGGUACAACUUCUGCUGGUACUCCAGGUCGGAGCUGCUGGACAUUCACGCGUAUGAUAUAAAUCUGAACACGUGGUCAAUCCUGAACGUGUACGGCACCCCUCUGGUCACCCACCACUUUUAUGGGAAAAUUAUCCAAGUGGACGAGAGCGGCUACUUCUUCAUCUUCGGGGGGCUGCGAAACAACGAGACGUCUAGCAAGAUUUACAAAUUCACACCGCUCCUUGCGUUCCCAUACUUCAAACUGCUGCGAGACAAGAUAGACGAAAUUGAAAAGAAGGUCCUCUACUUGGAAAAGAACCCACUGCAGUUGCUGAACCCGUCUUAUGGAAGAGACAUAAACGAAAUAAAAGACAGCCUCAGUGGGAUCUCCUUCACUCUUGUGAGAUACAUACAACUGGCUAGCGACAUAAAUGAAAAAAUAAAAAUUUCAAAUUCACUUGCCCAGAGUAACUACCCACAGUUGUCCAAAAAGUUUGAGCAAUACAACAAGCAGUAUGACUCUUUGGUGCACAGAAUUGACCUCCUGGAUAACACUCUCUCCGAUUCGGACGUCGAUGUCAGGGGGGACAAUGAGAAGAAGUUACACAAGAGUAGCUCCAGUUUUACUCUAUCCAGCGGGUCGAGCAGCGAUCACAUCGGUUAG